AUGUGGUUCUCGGCUUUGCGACAAAAGCUUCAGCUGCUGAUCAUCAUCUUUUUCAUCUUUGUGGCAUUUGCAGCGUCUGAUGCAGCCUGGAUGCCUUGGGCGACGCUCGUGAUCUUUCUUACGAUGCUACUCGUGACGGAUCUCUUAUUUCUUGGUCAAAAUGAGUUUAAGUACGAUCCAGAUUACAAGAAUUGGGCUCGUGCGGUUGAUCCAAAAUACUGA